GCUACAUACUCGGUAAUGUAUGUAGCAGUUAGAGUGAAGUUGCCUUCUUCAAGAAUAGAAACAAUGAGUAGCAACAUGAGAGCCUGGGUUGUGGUUAUGUUAGCUUGUUUGGUAGCUUCAAAUGUUUUCAUAUGUGAUGUUAAUGCGGCAGGAGAGUGUGGGAAGACACCAAUUAGGUCAGCAGCGGCUAGCUUGAGCCCAUGCUUGAGCGCGGCAGGCAAUGUAAGGGCCGCUGUGCCACCGACUUGCUGCUCCAAAGUUGGUUCCUUGAUCAAGACUGCCCCGAAAUGUCUCUGUGCUGUAUUGCUGUCACCUCUGGCAAAGCAAGCUGGAAUUAAGCCAGGAAUUGCCAUCACCAUUCCAAAGCGUUGCAACAUUGGAAACAGACCAGCUGGAAAGAAGUGUGGAAGGUACACGCUCCCAUGAUGAAAGUCCAGAAAAUAGACAGGAGGGAAGUAGCAAAGCCCACGUGAGAAGAGCUGAGAUUGUGUCAAUAAGAGCUGCCAUUUUAGGGUCAUGUUCUUCUGUUUAAUCAUUGACCCAGUAGAAUCAAAGGCGGCGGCGGCGGCAGUUGUUUAACAUGCCGUCUGUAUCUUCUUAUGUAUUCUUCAGCUUUUGCAGUUGAAGUUUGUCUUUAUAUAUUGCUUACAGAAUCUGCUAUCCUUUCGUU